AUGCUCCAGGAUACUGAGUAUCAUGGCCAGGUCAUUCCUGGAAUUAAGGAUGAGGCUGGAGAGUUGUCAAUGAGAAGGAAUCCAGGUUCGAUGCAGAAUGUAUCUGAAAAUGGACUUGAAAAGCCAAGCAGAACAUUGAAUGAGGCUAGUUCCCAAUCAAUGGAUGGUGAAAGUUAUACGGAUGCCGAGAGUAGUGCUGCUGAAAACAGAGCAAACACUGAUCAAGAUACACAUAAUUCUGAUUUUGAAGCAAGUGUUAAGAAUUUGAAGUUUAUGGGGGUCCCAAAUUCCUCUGUUUAUGACAAAAGAACUGACUCUGGGGAUCAAGACGUGGAGCAUGAUAGUGUUGAAGAAACGAACCAGAGUGCUUUUCAGGGAAAUAGGAAGUUUCGAAGGAAUUAUCAAGACAUGUUUUGGAAGAAAGAGUUCGGCCAAGCAAUAAGAAGACUAUCGAAAUUAACUAACGUCACCAAAAAUCAAUGGCCAGGAAUCGGCGAAAGAGAACAAUCCACUGCAACACACGAAACUAUGAACGAACAUGACGUUUACAUACAGGAUAUGGCCUCUGAUUUCGUCGAUACUAUGCUGGCAGGUUCGCCUGCUGCAUUACUAGCAGGUUCGAUUUUUAUGAAAGAUGAUAAUGGGGUCACUAGAGCGCCUUUGCUUCUUACAAUAGUAUCAAUAUCUGUUAAACCUCUUCCAAUUCCAGAGAAUUCUCGUCCUAAUAUCAGAAGACGUUUAUCCAUUGCCUCGUCUAUGCACUCAGACAGAUCUGUAAAUCCAGAUAAUCCGAAUUUUAAGGAAGGAUAUCAUACAAAGUAUCUACUGGAGAUGGAAUACGGGAUCGGUGAAAAUCGUUUGAAAUGGGAGAUAGUACGAUCGUACAAAGAUGUGGCAUCCCUUCAUAAUCGCUUGAAAUUAACUUCUUUUCAACAAAAUACUGUUAACAAAUUUUACAUUGACAAUAAUAGAUACAGCGAGAUGCAUUUGCCUCAUUUCCCCAGAUUCGACGAUCAUUUGAAGAAGAAAAGAGACAUGUCAAAUGAAAAAAAUUUCAACAGUAAUGCUGGAAAUCAUGAGCCGCCCGAAAUGAAUUUUACUCCAAGAUCUUCCACUCAGUUAUCAACUGAGAGGUAUCAGUCAAAGCACUUGCGACCCUUGUUUCAGGAUCAAGAUGAUAGCAACAAGCCAAUGCAUUACAGAAUUGAAAGAUAUUUGAAACUCUUGAACGUGGCGCUAUCAUUGAGACCGCAAGCCAAUAGAUUAUUCCAAUUUUACGAAAUGUCUCCUAUCGGUACAUUAUUAAGCUAUGAGAACGGAUACCAUGGAAAACAAGGAUAUAUGUUAAUAAGAUCGACUGCAAAAUCACAAGGCUGGCGUGUUUCACAUUUUAAAUUUAACGAUUUCAAGGCUAUGAUCGAGAGACAUACAACGAAAUGGUUUCUGGUAAGGCAUUCAUAUAUCACUUAUGUGAGUGACAUCUAUUCAACAACACCACUAGACGUAUUCCUUGUUGAUAGCAAAUUUAAAAUUUCAUGUUCUGGUUAUUCUACCAACGACUUGGAAGAAAUCGAUUUCGAUCCAUUUCAACAUGACAAUUUAAAAUCUAAAAUAUCCACAAAGUUGCUGAUAACUUUAGAGAAUAGUGAGCGAAAAUUGCAGAUGAUUGUCAAAUCUGAAUACUUAAUGAAACUUUGGGUAAAAUCAAUUAUAGAUAUGUCGAAGUCUACGAUCUGGUCACAAAAGUAUCGAUUCGACAGUUUUGCUCCUGUCAGACAAAACUGUUUUUGCAAAUUCUUGGUCGAUGGUAGAGACUACUUCUGGUCAUUGAGCGAAGCUCUAAGAAUGGCUAAAGAUGUUAUUUUCAUCCACGAUUGGUGGUUAUCUCCAGAAUUAUAUAUGAGACGCCCUGUGCGAGGAAAUCAGAAUUAUCGUAUCGAUCGUAUUUUGAAAGAAAAAGCAGAGCAGAAUGUCAAAAUCUUCAUUGUUGUCUAUAGAAAUGUUGGUUCGACAGUUGGAACAGAUUCUCUUUGGACUAAGCAUUCGCUUUUAAGUUUACAUCAUAAUAUCCAUGUAAUCAGAUCUCCAAACCAGUGGCUACAAAAUACAUAUUUCUGGGCCCAUCAUGAGAAGUUCACAGUUAUUGAUAAUACUGUAGCAUUUGUGGGAGGAAUUGAUUUAUGUUACGGGAGAUUUGAUACUCCAGACCAUGUUUUGCAUGAUGAACAAACGGAUUUAGAAGAUCAGAUAUUUCCUGGUAAAGACUAUUCCAAUGCAAGAGUGUGCGACUUCUACGACCUAGAUAAGCCAUUCCAGUCCAUGUAUGACAGAUCAAUGGUACCUAGAAUGCCUUGGCAUGAUGUCCAAAUGAUGACAGUUGGUGAGCCCGCAAGAGAUUUGUCUAGACAUUUUACCCAAAGAUGGAAUUACCUCCUACGACAAAAACGUCCUAGUAGACCUACUCCCUUACUAACUCCAGCAUCAGAUUUGACAAAAGAUGAACUCGAGAACUCAUAUUUCUUCCAGGAACUUAAAGACCAAUCCACUUGUGAAAUUCAGGUAAUCAGAAGUGCAGGUAAUUGGUCACUAGGAUUGAAAGACACAGAGCAUUCGAUUCAAAACGCAUAUUUGAAGCUGAUAGAAACGUCUGAUUACUAUAUUUACAUCGAGAAUCAAUUUUUUGUGACAAGCUCUAGUUGGGAUGGUGUAGUUAUUGAAAAUAAAAUUGGUGAUGCAAUUGUGGACAGAAUUGUCAAAGCCAAUAGCGAAGGAAAACCUUGGAUGGCUUUUAUUGUAAUUCCAUUAAUGCCUGGUUUCAACGCUGAGGUGGAUGAAGCUGAGGGUUCUAGUGUUAGAGUUAUUAUGCAAUGCCAAUAUCAGUCAAUAUCCAGAGGAGAAACGUCGAUAUUUGCAAAGCUUAAGAAAUUAAAUAUUGAUCCUAUCCAGUAUAUUCAAUUCUAUUCAUUAAGGAAGUGGUCAACAAUAGGUGCAGAUGAUAAGCUAGUGACAGAACAACUUUAUGUGCAUGCUAAAGUUAUGAUAGUUGACGACCGUAGCUGUAUUAUCGGUAGUGCCAAUAUCAAUGAAAGAUCUAUGUUGGGUAACAGAGAUAGUGAAGUUGCCGUGAUUGUAAGAGAUAAAGAACUAGUUGAAUCCAGAAUGAAUGGAAAGGAGUAUUUGGCUGGUAGAUUCCCGUUCGAAUUAAGACAAAGAUUGAUGAGAGAACAUCUAGGAUGUGAUGUGGACUUGGUUGAAUUUAUCGAAAGAAAGUUCGAGAAACUAAGAAUUAUGGCGCAAUUGAAUUCAAAUACUUUAAACACCAUUCCUCUCGAAGCACUCAGUAAAAUGAAGGAUUCCACUAAAAAUGAAAGUGCUAUGGUAGAGCUAGCGUUUAGAGAAAUUCUCAACGAAAAACAUAGUCCUCAAUGGUACGAGAAAUACCAAGAUACAGUGGAAAAUUUUGGUAUAAUUCAACAACUACAGACAGCAAACAAUUCAGAGGAUAAAUUAGGAGAGUCGCUAAAUGACAACAAGCCUGCACCUCUUCCUGAAAGAAAAAAAAACAGAUAUGUUCAUGUAGAUAUUAAGUCUGCGUACCACUCCUUUAAUUACCGUGCUGGAGAAGCAAAUAGGGGCAUAAGAGAUAAGAAGAAUAUCAGUUCUGAUUCAAGAUUGAUAAAUAACUCCUUCCACGAUCGCGAUGUAGAUGGUCACGGUCCAGACAAUUGGAAGAAUGUCGAUUCCAAACCAGCUAUUUACAACGAUGUUUCCAAGCAAUUAAAGGCCUGGGGCGAAGAAAUUCUCAACAAUACAAUAGAUAAAGCCACAAACGAGAGAUUUUCAUCCAUUCUCCCGGAUAGGGCAAAUGUGGAAGAGUACCUAAACAGUUCCCACGUCAAAUAUAUGAACAAAUGGAAGCUUUUGAAGAGAUUGUGCUACCUACAAUACCUGUCCUUCAAGAAGGAGAAAGGAUUGUACGAAGUUAAAAAAAAUGGUGACGUAACCAUUGCAAAACACAGAACUCAAAACUUUCAAGACAGCUUUGCCGACAAAGGUCAAUUGGACGAUGAAAUGGUGGAAGGGAUGCUUAAACAAAUGCUACCACCAAUCAGCGAGCAAACCUCCAAUCUAUCUGCUGCUCAAUACAUUGAUCCAUAUCAGUUCGAUGAUCCAUUAUGCGAGUCUUUUUCUCAGGAUCUAUGGUUUACGAUUGCUUUAAGGAACACUGUUCUUUUCAGAAUGGUCUUCCAUUGCCAGCCGGAUAGUUCAGUGCAAACAUGGCGGGAGUAUAAGGAAUUCCAAACGUUUUACAAGGGCUUUGAUUCAUACCAGGAUAAAGCCAUACAACUAGAGAGAAAAAGACUAGGCAAAACACCGGCUGUUAUAGCAUCGUCUCAUGAUGCUAUGGAUGCCAUUGAGCGCGUUCCAAGCGAGGUAGAAUCUACAAAUGUCACUCUCGAAAAGGGUAAACAUCUUUUCGAACUAUCUGCCAGCGAUAUUGCAAUGGACAGCGUUGAUGAGGGUAAUCGAGCUGUAUCCAACGAAGAAAGUAAAAACUCCGAGAAUGCAGAUCGUCAAUAUAAUAACCAACAUGCAGCUACUGACAACAUAUUCAAGAUGAAAAUGACAUCGCAGCUUCUUUACGGUACGAAAGACCGUAUGUUCGAUCGUGAAACUGCAAAAAAAUUAUUGGAACGUAUACAUGGCCAUUUGGUAGUAUUCCCAGUGGACUGGCUCUGCAAAGAGGUGGAAUCUAACAACUGGUUCUACAACGUCGAUAGAUUACCACCAAUUGAUAUAUACGAUUGA